UUCACUGGCCACUCACUCCAUUCUCUACUUUUUUGGGGACUGGUUGUUUCAUCCCCGGAGGAAAGGAACAACUCAGCAGUGGGUUUGCGGAGUCGGUGAAUCCUUCUCUUUCAUUCUUUGAUCUUUGACCCCCCUCUCACCACCCCCUCCACUCCCGCGGUUUUAUACACUCCCAUUAGCCGCCCAUCGGGGCCGUCACUCAAUCCAACCCCACUCCGAUCAACAUGCUUUCGCCCUCCUCGUUGGCGCUGGCACGAGAAGCUCCCCCUGUGAGACCGUCUCGGUCCUUAGAAGGAUUGGAACAAGUCAUUCCGCCUCGAAUCACUCUGCCGUCCGUUCGCCCAACCUUACUCUUAGAUAAACCGCUCCCCGAGCUGCCCGUCAAACCUCUACCAGAAGCACCCGCCAUGGAUACAGGCUCAACUGCCUGGAGCGACGACAGCAGCAUGGUCUCUAGCUUCUAUGGUAGUCGACGCUUUUCCGAGGUGUCCACCGAGAGCUACCCCGUUUUUGUCCGUUCAGGGUCCGACGAUCUAACCGAGCUUGUCGAUCAUCCUCCCGCUUCCGCCCCCAUCGAUCACUACAGAGACUCCAAACCGCUGGCCAUCACCGCCACCUUUUUGCACGAUGACCAGGUCGACCGUCCGGCCCCGUGGACGGUCAAGUGCACCGGUCCCAACCAUUACUUUCGUGAGAAGAAGUGGGAUUUCUUCCCCGAACUCGCUCCUCAAUCUGCCUUACCUCCCCGACCGACCAACCAGGCUGCGGCCUCUCGCAAAAAGAGCUGUAGUCGACUGAACCUUGCGGUCUUCGACUUCUCUAAGAGUCGCGGUCGCUGGAGCUCGUCUGACAAGGGGGGACGAGCUCUUGCGCAUGACGUUCGCGACUCAAUUCGAUCAUACGUGCAGCGCCGGUUGUCCAAACACUCGGUCGACCGAGACACUGCCCGGCCAAGUUCGCGACCCGAAUUGCACCGGGACACACGACCCGAGACGCAACCUGAUUUGCGACCGGACACAGUACUGUCAAACCAUACGCAGGAUCGAGCGCCAUCGCUCGAGUGGACGCUGUCGAAAGAACGCACCGAUGUCGUGAGCCCGCUGAUGCCACCCAGCCCAAUGGAAUUCCCCAGCUCGGACAGGCGGCUGUCCGGGGGGUCGUCACGGUCGACGGUCGGUUCUCGAGUGAAACGUCCGCCACCUCUCACUCUGCGGAAGAAACAGCCGGCUGUCCCUCUUAGCCCUUACCAGAAGUAUGGGGCUUCGAUCUGGGAGAAGCCAGGCCGGGAGAAGCGCAUCAGCUAUCGGCAAAACCGCCAGGUGCGGUUUCCGAAAUAUGGCAAGAAGAGCCCGUCGACACCGAAAGGAUUCAUCUCAUCGGCCACGCCUCCUCUGACACCCCCGGCUCGGUCUCAACUACAACAGAAUACUCGUGACUAUGUCAAGGCGUUUCACCAUGGAACGUCGCACUUGUUGGGCGCCCUUGGCGGCGCUCGAAAGAAAAUCACCGGGACCAAGCUCGAGCGCCGGCACUCGCAGUUGAAAUCGCAAAUCCGUCUCAUUGGCCCGGUCAGCCCAUACAACACCCAGGGACAGACUGACCCAUGGGUCUGAGCCUUGGCAACCACUUUCUUCCCAACCUAUUUAUAUCUAUAUUCGGUGGUCUUUCAUCAACCCUAUACUUUUGGCAUGGUGGUCAUAUUAGCGUGUCUUUCAUUAUUGGUUUGUAAUUUCUCAUCUCUUGUGGUUCUCACUAUCUUCACUCGAUAUCCCGUUGGCAUUUUGGAGGUUUACGUUAGGCGUUGAGGCUCUUUGUAUGGACC